ACGGAUGCCCUGCCCACUUCUUAUAAAAGCUUAUUCCCUGAGAUUGCCAUUCACAAUAUAAGACCCAGUGGUGUGAGGAGUUUUUCGAACUGCACUGAUUGAUGAAAGCCAUUGGAAUGAACCGAACCAAUCUCUUAGCUUUACUAUUUUUGCUUUUAAGAUGUAUGUUGGUCUGUGAAGGAGGCGACGCAUGCUGUUCGCAACCUUGCCAAAAUCGCGGCGUGUGCACGUCAAUGGGAGAAGACGGAUAUGAGUGCGACUGCACGAGGACGGGAUACUACGGCGAGAACUGCACCACCCCGGAAUUCUUCACAUGGAUCAGAACGACCAUUAAACCGACCCCGAACACCGUGCAUUACAUUUUAUCACAUUUCAAAGGAUUCUGGAAUAUUCUCAACAACAUCCCAUAUUUACGGGACACGGUUAUGCGUUAUGUGUUGACAUCCCGGUCGCAUUUUAUCGACAGUCCUCCAACCUUCAACUCCGACUAUGGCUAUAAAAGCUGGGAAGUUUAUUCUAAUCUCUCGUAUUACGCCCGAACUCUUCCUCCGGUACCUCUGGAUUGCCCAACACCAAUGGGAGUUGCAGGAAAGAAAGCCCUGCCUGAUGCAAAACUGGUGGUGGAGAAGUUUCUUUUGAGGAAAAAGUUCAUCCCAGACCCCCAGGGCACGAGUCUGAUGUUUGGUUUUUUUGCUCAGCAUUUCACCCAUCAGUUCUUCAAAUCCGACAUGAAGAAUGGACCAGCUUUCACCAAGGCUCUGGGCCAUGGAGUGGAUUUAAAUCACAUUUAUGGAGAUACACUGGAAAAGCAGCACAAACUUAGACUUUUCAAAGAUGGAAAGCUCAAGUAUCAGGUGAUUGAUGGGGAGGUGUAUCCUCCAUUGGUUACGGAGGUGCAAGUCGAAAUGCAUUACCCACCCCAUGUCCCAAAGGAGCACCAGUUUGCAGUGGGACAUGAAGCGUUUGGGCUGGUUCCUGGGCUAAUGAUGUAUGCUACCAUCUGGCUAAGGGAGCACAAUCGGGUUUGCGAUGUGUUGAAGCACGAGCACUCCAACUGGGAUGAUGAGCGCAUCUUCCAGACUGCCCGACUUAUUCUGAUUGGUGAGACCAUCAAGAUUGUGAUUGAGGAUUAUGUGCAGCACCUGAGUGGUUACCACUUCAAGCUGAAAUUUGACCCCGAGCUGCUAUUCAAUCAGCGCUUCCAGUACCAGAAUCGUAUCUCUGCUGAGUUCAACAUGCUCUACCAUUGGCACCCCCUCAUGCCUGAUGCAUUCAACAUUCACGGUCAGGUCUACAGCUACCAGCAGUUCCUCUUCAACAAUUCUAUUGUCUUAGAGCAUGGCAUCAAUAACCUUGUGGAAUCCUUUACCAAGCAAAUUGCAGGCAGGGUUGCUGGCGGCCAGAAUGUACCUGCAGCCGUGGCGAUGGUUGCCACAAAGUCACUGGAACACAGCCGAGCAUUGCGUUACCAGUCUCUGAAUGCCUACAGGAAACGCUUCUCCAUGACGCCCUACACUUCCUUUGAAGAACUGACUGGAGAUAAAACGAUGGCAUCUGAGCUGGAAGAAUUGUAUGGGCAUAUUGAUGCUAUGGAGCUGUAUCCUGGUCUGCUGGUGGAGAAACCAAGGCCCAGCGCCAUCUUCGGAGAGACCAUGGUAGAAAUGGGGGCCCCGUAUUCGUUAAAAGGCCUCUUGGGAAAUGCCAUAUGCUCUCCAGAGUACUGGAAGCCAAGCACCUUCGGGGGAAAAGUCGGGUUCGAAAUAAUCAACACGGCUUCUCUGCAGAAGCUUGUUUGUCGCAACGUCAAGGCGCCGUGUCCCAUGGUGUCCUUUCAUGUUCCAGAUUUGAAUAAUGGCAGACUAACCACAAUCAACUCCAGUACAGCACAGUCUGCACAAAGAGACUUAAAACAGACUGUCAUACUGGAAGAACGAGCUUCUGAGCUUUAGCAGCCAAACAAAACGAACAAUCGUUUGGAAACAAACAAGUCCAAUUAACUUAUUUAUUUAUUUGUUUAAUAUUUAUUUGAGUCCAAUAAUUCUAAAGUACAUUCCUAAAUGUACAAUUUUGUACAUUUUUUUUCUGGGUAUGAAUGUUUAUAAAGUCAAAGUUAUUUUUAAAUGUCUAUUUUAUUUAUGUUGUAUCUAUUUAUUUAAACUAUUUAUUUCUUAGUAGAAAUCAAUCAAAAUAUUCCUUGCCCACUGCGUUGUUGUAGAAAGGGCAUGUGAUUCGUUUCCAUACUUGAAUUUAACAUGAGUUUACAUUAAUUUGCACACUUUUGUUGUUUGCAUAAGUAUUGGUUAACAUUGGACAGUAUUGUGAUAGUUGAAUAUGCUAAAGAUGUUUGAAUAGUGAAUUUGAAAAAAAAUGUCUUUUUUGAAAAUAGUGUAAAAUAUAUAUUCUUGAGGAGGGGGUGUGUGUUGCCUAGGCUUUGGCAGUAUUACUGUAGUACCACGGUAUUUUCAUUAUCAGGAAAUUCCACAAUACCGUUGCUUUUUAAAAUACCACCAAAAUACUGUGGUACAUAAUGUCCGGAUGGUAUGACAGUAUUAAGAAUUACAUACUGCCCAAGCCUAGUGCUGACUGGGCUUACGGCAAUAAAAUUUCUUGCUGGAUAAUUGUGCUUCCGCUGAAUAGCAGAAUGACAGAUUUCCAAGGCAUUGUGCAUCAUUUGUAGGUGUCAGGGAGCUAUCAAUUUGCAGGACAGUUCCGGAAGAGGCAGGACGCCAGUGUACACCUCCCAGGCAAAACACGGGUGCACCCGAAAUCACAUACUUACACAACAGGUACAGAAUUUCUUCAGAAGCCAGAUGCUUGACGAUUAAUUCAGUAUGUACUGUAUUUAUGCACAAGAACAGUGUGGAUGCAUUUUGAUAAAUGUUGGUCACCGUCCUGCAUAUUACACACGACCUGGAUGUUUACCAGUGAUGUCACUUGACCACCCAAAAAACUGUUAAAACUAUGAACAGAAAAUAUACAUAUUUGAGUCGACUUAUGUCAUUGGGUAAUGUUUGCUUCAUCAUCUGCCAUCUUAACAAAAACGUUUCUGGGCAAGCAUCAUUCUUCGUUGUAGCUCCUGUCGCUUUGUGUGAUAGCAUAGCAUCCAAAGACUUCGGAAUCUUGCAUCAUGUGUUAAUGGAUUGCCGGGCAGAACCUAACACUCUUUGGUUUUGGCUUAAUGAUUUAGAAAAUAUUUGAGUUACUGUAGAUUAAUCAUAUUGUAUACAAGCAACAUACACUUCUCUGCUGCAAGGAACACUUGAAGUUUCUUUCUAGGACAUACCAUUCUUGUAUAAUUGUAUGGAAAGUGACAGAAGUGAAGUGUUACCAUGGGCAGGGUGAAUUGAAACACUUGCUGGAAAAGUCUGGUUGAAUGCAUUUAUUUCAAACAGUAGAUGCUGUUUGUGGAUCUAUCUAUCUAAUCACAUUCUCGAGCCACACAACAUUGUUUUGGAAUCAAAAGUCUAACAAAGCACAAUCUGAAGGGAAAAAAAACUGGGACCUGAAAAACUGUACUUUGACGUUUUGGCAAUAUUGUUCUUGAAAACUUGAUGCCAAUAAAGCCCUUUGAAUUGAA